CUAAAAAGCAACACAACCUAAACUUGAGUACACCCCAUAAAAGAGAAACAACUACACGUUAAAGUAAUCAUGAUCAUCAAAACUCCCAAAACAACAAACAUCCAAUUUAACAUUUCCCAAUGUGCUUCACUAAUCUCUCUUUCCUUUCUUCACCUUCGUCUUCUUCUUCUUCUUCUUCUUCAUGAUCAUUCUGUGUUAAUUUCUGUACGGAAACUGCAUAUAACAAUGAUCCCGAAAUGUUUCAGCCAACCAAAUUUCUCUGCAUCAUCAGAGUCAAAUAAUUCAGAUGGAUCUUCAUCUUCCCCGACCCAAAUUCCUCAAAAUCUCGUCACCUGCGUUUACCAAACUCAAUUGUGUAAUGCCCAGACAAAUCUCACUCUCACCUGGUCGAAAACCAUCUUCUCACAUACUUUAACCAUUCAUUCCCCGGAGUUUUUCUCCGUUACCAUUCCCCUGUACCCGUCAACUCUUUCUUCAUUCUUCAGGGGUACCCGACAUGGAUCCAAAUCCGUUUGCUUCAGUAAUACCCAAACCCAAACCCGCCUCGAACGCAAGUUGAAGUUGUAUUGGGACUUCAUCCAUGCCGAAUUCAACAACAACUCGGCCGAGCCGGAGUCGGGUUUCUACUUCGCAAUCGCUUCCGGGUCCAGGAUGGAAUUCUAUCUCGGCGAUCGGCUGGAUGCUUUGGGUCGUCGGUUCCGGUCGGAUAUUUCGUGGAACUUGGAUAGCGGGUUGAAUCAUCUGUUGUCCAAGAGGGAGCAUGUGUUCGGGCAAAGGUCUUACGUAACCCGGGCUCAAUUCGUCGGAUCUACCCAUGAAAUCGGGAUCGAAUGCGGCGGCGGAGCCCUGAAAUUGAAAGUGGACGGAGAAUUGAGAUUGGUGGUGAAGAGGCUAGCGUGGAAAUUCAGGGGAAAUGAGAAAAUCUUCAUCGGUGGAUUAGAAGUGGAGUUCUACUGGGACGUUUUUAACUGGAUUAAUAACAAUAAGACUGACGAUACUAACAAAAAAGGUGGGAAUGUUUCCGGGCACGGCGUAUUUGUGUUCCAAGUCGGGGAUGCCGGAAUUUGGCCGGAAAUGGUGGGAGCGGAGAAAAAAUUGAUGAGGAAAAGCUUGUCGUCGGCGGCCAGCGGUGGCCGGCAGCUGGCGACGCCGCUAUCUUCUCUGCCGUCGUCUCCGUCGUGUUCAAGUGUGUUGCAAUGGGCCGACGAGAGUAGCGAAUGUGGAAGGAGUUCGUGUUCGUCGACUAGAUCAUACGGCAGCGGCGGAGGAUUUUCUUUGCUGUUGUAUGCUUGGAGAAAAGGUUAACUGUUUGACAGAUUGACAGUCAUGUGGUUUUUUCUUUUAUUCUUUUUUUUUUUUUUUGGUUGUUUUAGAAAAUCUGAUACAGCACAAAUUUUUUCAGUUGAGAAUUUGUCGACUUUUUU